GCCGAAGUGAAAGGUAAGCUGGGAGGGCCCGGGCCGUUGUCGCCCAGUACGUAAUUUCUUGCAGCCGAUCUCUCCAUCAACUUUAGUUCUUCACCCUUCCUCCACUUCCCGUGCCAGGCCUUCAUCUUAACAACAUCCACCGACCAAGGCUGGCAAACCAACGUUAAAAUGGCCGAGGACGAUUCUUCUGAGUUAUCUUCGAUUUCGUCUCUGUCGGAGCCGCCUUCAGAAGAUGAAUUCGAUAUCCAAUUAGAGGAGCAGCAUGGCAUCCUGAAAUUCUUCCACAAGGUCGACAAGAACCCAGCCUUAGAGCCCAGGGAAAAGACGCCGCCGAGACCCAAGCGGGAGCCCUCUCCGCCACAUGAAUACGUCCUAGCAGAUAACCCAGACAUUGCCUUUAUUGUCAUGUUCCGCGCGCGGUUCACUGAAGCAUUUCCGAAGAGUUUGGCGAAUUUCGGACCCCAAGAGCUGGAGCGCGAUGUUGUCGAGCCGAUUCCAGGCGAGCGCGUCGAGCACUUUCUCUGCGCGCUUCUGAGCUUGCUCUUGAACCGCAAACAAGAUGUCAAACCUGGCCAUUACGACCGCGCUCUCCAAGAAGCCAUACAGGUGCACCAAAAGGAAUGGGCGAAGGACUGGGAGAGUAAGAACCCACUCGCAGGGCAGGCAACAUUUUCCUCAAUGACGCCGGUGCAACGGCUCACACUAUUGCGCACCCUCGUACAAUGGACUCUUUCAUCGUCAGACGCGGUCAGGACGAUUAUCAGCCAGCAAUACAAAAGCCGACACGACGACGAUCUCAACAUCCCUCUUAGCGUUCAGCCCUGGGGUAGCGAUGGCGACAAGCGGCGAUACUUCCUGGUCCAGGGAAAUGACGACACUUCGUUCCGCGUAUAUAGAGAAAGCAAUCCGGCUGGCUUGCAGAGAACAUGGUGGAGCGUUGCUGGCAGCAUUGACGAACUCAAGGCGCUCGCCGAGAAGCUUGAAAACCGGGACGGCGGUCCAAAGGCGAAGACCUUCGCGAAGAGGAUUAUGAACAGCAUCCCGCUAUUUGAGGCGACAGAGGAGAAGAGGCGGCGCAGGGAAUACCGGCAGAUGCGCAAGGAACAGUUCAGACGACCAGAGCCUGGCUUCUCGCUCUACGAGGGUCGCACAAGAGGCAAGCGCAUGAAAUACACAUACUCAGACGACGAGGGAGACUUCUUCUCAGACUCCACAACACGCCGUUCGACCCGCAACACCAGGCAGCACACACCUGCGGAGCCCAGAGGCCCAGUUACAACUGCCAGCGGCCGGCAGGUUCGGGCGCCGAAUCGGCUGAACGCGGAGAACGCGAGCGACGGGGCGCCAAGUGCCAACAACAGCGUACAGGGAGAUGGCGAGCAUCCGGAUAUGAAGUCCACUACCCGCUCGGGGCGUCCUCAGAGAUCCGCCGCUGUUAACCACGGCAUGAAUGGCUGGACAGCUAGGAAGCGGAAGAGCGAGGAGUAUGAAUCUUACGAGUCCGAAGAGGAGGAGGGCAGUGAACCCGAUUUUGGGGACGAUGAGGAGGACGAGCACGUCCCGGACGACGAGGAAGAAGACGAAGAGGAGUUUGAGGAGGAAGACUUGAUGGACGAGGAGGGUCUAGACAGCGGCACGCACAAGUCUAGCUUCAUCUUCAAGUUCCCGAUCAGAGUCGCCUUUGACGAAAACAACAAGGUGCGGCAAAUCCCCGGUCCACCGGUGGUAACCGAGAAACACAAGCGCCCUAGGGCGGCGCACCGAAAUGUGGUCGUUAGCGAUGAAUCCGAGGCUAGCGACGCCAGCCCUGCGGAACCCCUCGUUACGGAGCCCGAACCUCCCGCCGCCGAAGUCAUUGCCGUCGCCACGAAGCGUAUGACACUGGCGGAGCCCGCCGACAAGGUGGCCAGAGCCGAUGUCGUUCAAGCGGCUGAACCAGCGGGGAAGUCGGGGGAUGAUGCAGAUCAGCCUAUGACGAAUGCCGCGGCGGUGGUCAAGUCACCUCCGACGCCCUCGAGCCAGCAGACAACCUCCAUGGCUUUUAGGGGCAGCCCCGAGGUUCCCAGGUCUGCUCCUCUUUUUGCCGACAUAGACCCCGCUAAGUGACGGGAAUUUUGGGGAUGUAUUGUUUCUUAACGAGUCUGGUAUGAGAAAGGCGUUCGGCACUAUGUUAGCGCAUGCGGCAGAGCACGAGAGAAAGAAGUCUAGCGGCAUGAAGGCAUUUGGGCGGUCUGUCUCAUCCAAAGACGGAAGGCUCUUGGGCUACGGGAGUGGGCGGCAAAACGGGUU